AUGCCGCCGCCUCACACCGUCGAUUCCUCGCCGCCCACCACGACGUCGGUGGGGGCCGCGGAGGCGUCUGAAGGCACCGCGGCGCCCUGCAGCAGCCACGCGCCGCGCCCCUCCGCCCCGCCGCACGUCAACCCCGCCUGCGAGACCGACAGCAACCCUGGCGGCGGCGGCGGUGGUGCCCUGUCGCCCGUCGGCACGAGGCAACCUGCCUCACCCGAGUUGCACGGCGUCGCGGGGAAACUUUCGCUGCCGGAGCCGGUAAACCGGCACUGCAGCGACGCCGGGAUUAGGAAGCUGUGCGGCCCCAUGGGCACCGAGGAGACGAUGCGGCGGCUUCUGCGAGAGGUGCGGUCGCAACGCGUGCGCGUGCGCGUGCAUCAUUGCAUGCGCCUGUACCGGAGGGCGGUAAGGGAGCUGCGCGCCGCCAAGGAUGCCGCGCUGAACGCCUCCAACGCGGCGGACUCCGUGCACGCUGACGGGCCGGACAACCCGACGCCGCAGCUCCGCGAGGACGCGGAGGGCGAUGCGGGGGAGAUAGUACCGCAACGGCGCAGCGGCUCCUCCUGCGAAACACGCAAUGACGUUAGUAAUGAUGUGAACCCCAGCGGGGCGGCGAAGGCCACUAUGAAACUCAUUGAGGAUGUCCUGAAUGACCCUGCGGCGUCGACUGGGCGGUUGCGAGCAGCUUUGCAAGACGCGUACCACCUUUGCCAGCGCCUCGACGCCGCCUGCAGCGAGGCCGGGCGGCAGCCGCCUUCUCGCCAUCCCGCUGCCAUAGCAGCACACCACCUUGGUCCGCUAGACGAUGAGGAGCAGAAGCCUAAUUUUCCCGCCGCUGUGGCGCGGCUCUCGCUGUGCAGCGACACCUCGGACACACAGUUGCACUCCCCUAUGCUGCGACGGGCACGAAUGCCGCGCAGAAACCACGUUUCUCAGCUCUUCACGGUCGUGCCCCCCAUGUGGAAGGAGCAUGACAGCAGCAAGGAUGUUGGCGUGCAGGCAUUCUCCACAAGUAGCGAUCCCUCCAGCCACGGUCAGCAGUGUUACGGCGUGAGCCUCUCGGCGCACUUCCUGUCCCCUUCCACCUGCGGCAGCCAUGCGCCGGAGCGGGGAGGACGAGAGGUCUCCGGCCACAGCGCCGGCUCUAGGAACGAGGAGGAUGGGACCAAUACCAACAACGGCGAGCAGCGGAGCAGUAGGAGUGGCAGCGUGAGUGCGGCGAGUACCGACAGCGCGGGUAGUGAAAUUCGUCGUUCGACGGAGAAUGAGAAGCUGCGGCAGUGGCGCUUGGACGCCUUGCGGAUGCGAGGCGGAGGCCCACGAACCACCUCGAGCGAAAAUUGGGGACAGCAUGCAACUGCGCCCCCACCCGCUGCAGAGCAAUCAAAAUCGAAGGAAGGAAAGUAG